GUAUCAGACUUCCGCUCCGGGAGUGUACAAGGCGGCCCCCUUCAUCAGGCGAUUAGCUCCUGGGUCAAAAGGGCAAGUGUUGCCCCCUGCGAGCCGACGGCCACCCAGCAAGUUGGUGCUGGCACCGGCCGGCAGCCCCUGGAGUUGCUGAGACUCCAGGCCGCUGUCGCCUCUGCCGCCGCCGCCGUCUCUGCCACCGCCGCCGCCGCCAUGGCUCAGUACAAGGGCGCCGCGAGCGAGGCGGGCCGCGCCAUGCACCUGAUGAAGAAGAGGGAGAAGCAGCGCGAGCAGAUGGAGCAGAUGAAACAGCGGAUCGCCGAGGAGAACAUAAUGAAAUCUAACAUCGACAAGAAGUUCUCUGCGCACUACGACGCUGUGGAGGCGGAGCUCAAGUCCAGCACCGUGGGUCUCGUAACGCUGAAUGAUAUGAAGGCCAAGCAGGAGGCCCUGGUGAAGGAGCGGGAGAAGCAGUUGGCCAAGAAAGAGCAGUCGAAGGAGCUGCAGCUGAAGCUCGAGAAGCUACGAGAGAAGGAACGCAAGAAGGAGGCCAAGCGGAAGAUCUCCAGCCUGUCCUUCACCCUGGAGGAAGAGGAGGAUGCCGGGGACGAGGAGGAUGAGGUGGCCGUGUAUGAAGAGGAGCUGGAAAGGGAAGAGGUCUCCACAAAGAAGAGGAAAUUGGGGAAGAACCCCGAUGUGGACACCAGCUUCCUGCCUGACCGAGACCGCGAGGAAGAGGAGAACCGGCUGCGGGAGGAGCUGCGGCAGGAGUGGGAAGCCAAGCAGGAGAAGAUCAAGAGUGAGGAGAUCGAAAUCACCUUCAGUUACUGGGAUGGGUCUGGGCACCGGCGGACGGUCAAGAUGAAAAAGGGCAACACGAUGCAGCAGUUCCUGCAGAAGGCGCUGGAGAUCCUGCGCAAAGACUUCAGCGAGCUCAGGUCAGCAGGGGUGGAGCAGCUCAUGUACAUCAAGGAGGACCUGAUCAUACCCCACCACCACAGCUUCUACGACUUCAUCGUCACCAAGGCGCGAGGGAAGAGUGGGCCGCUCUUUAACUUUGACGUCCACGACGAUGUGCGGCUGCUCAGUGAUGCCACCGUGGAGAAGGACGAGUCCCACGCGGGCAAGGUGGUGCUGCGGAGCUGGUACGAGAAGAACAAGCACAUCUUCCCCGCCAGCCGCUGGGAGCCCUACGAUCCUGAGAAGAAGUGGGACAAGUACACGAUCCGGUGAACGUCGAGGCUCCCCGGGCUCCCUUGGUUCUCGGCCCCUCCCGGGGUCUCCGGGACUCCAGGCGCUGCUCCCGCCCCCCAUUUCCCUCAGCCCUGACGUGACAGGGGUGAGACACGACGGGGCUGGCCGUCCCCUGCCCCCGGUGGCGUCCUGUACCUCUCUGUUUCUUUUAUGGUAAAUAAAUGCACAUGUCAGAGUUGGAGCACCUGCACUGUGCUUUGUUCUAAACGUUUUUUUAUCGAGCUGAAGUUCACCAUUCUGAUCAUUUGAAGGUGUACAAUUCGGGGGUCUUGAGUACAUUCGGUGUUGUGCAGCCAUCACCUCUACUUCCAGAACACCUCUGUCACCCCACAAGGAGGCCCCAUGCCCAUUAGCAGUCUCUCCCGGCCCCUGGUACCCCGUUGUCUACUUUAUCUCUGUGGACUUGUCUCUUCUAGAUAUUUCACAGAAAUGGAAUCAGACAGUUUCUGGUCUUUGUAUCUGGUGAGGAAGCGGAUACUUGGUGGCGGUGGGAGGGUGGAAGAGUAACGUGAGUCUGCAGAGGGCCGUGGGUGACCCACUGGGGCCUGGUGGGCCCGCGUCCCGGCAGCCAACCAGCACCCCGCAGGGCACCUCGUGGCCCUGCGGUCGUUUACUGUGAGUGGUCUUGCGGUUCCUCUUCUGUCUCCUAGCUGCCAGUCCGAAGGGGACACGGCUGCCCUGUGGCUCCCAGCCGCCCGACAUCCCCACCACAGCUCUAGAAACGAACUUUGCCCUCCCGGGGCUGCAGCCCGUCCGGCAUCUCUUCGCAGUCCCCGCGUGGGAAGGCUGCUGGGGGUGCCCUGUGCUCGCUGCUCAGCUCGGACUGCCGUCCUGGCCCCGAGGGCGACCUGCCUUGGGGUGGGCGCUCUUGCUCCCUGUCCUUGCCGCAACAGCCAGAUCCCCUGGCUCCCGUCGGGUAAGCAGAGGGAACAGGGUCAAGCCCUGGCUGGCAGUCAGCAUCCCAGCUCUGGGUCCGGUCCCACGUGCUGGACAAAUACAUAGAUAUGACAGCGGGCGACUUCGCCAGGUACAGAAGCUCCUGUGCCCUCCUCCCACGGGCAGGGCUCUGUGUCCCAUUCCGAUGCGGCAUGGCCACUCCUGGCUGGCAGUUAGGAGCUCUCUUUUGGGCUUCCUGGCCCUGUGUCUGGGGCAGAGCCAUCCGGGGUCAUUUGGAGGAGGAGGCGGGGGAGGGAAGUCGCCUAGGCCAGAGACCUCCGGGCACGGCAGGCAACGGGUGGCCCAGCCUGACCCUAGGUACUGGAUGUGGGGGACAAGUGUGAGGACCUCAAUGGGGCCUUUUGUAUGGCAUUGGGAAGCCUGGAGAAGGGAUCAUCUGGCCUUCUGCACCAACCCCCCUGCCGUCCUUGAAAAGAGUAGGCUUCUCCCGGCCAGGGAACCCCUCUCAGCCAGCUUACCCAGUGGAAAUGGUUUGCAAGGGAACCGCCUCAGGCCCCACAGCUUCCGGAAAGCAAGCGCCUUAAGGCCCAGUCUUGGCUCCCGGCCGGAGCCGACCUGGUUCUGGAAGCACUGAACUCACAGAUCACUGGGGCAAAUUGUCCUCGUGAGGCCAGAUCCUCAGAUGGCCCCAAGCUUCCCACCUCCCAGCAUACAGGCCUGUGUGACCCCCUCCCCCGGAGGCGCACACACACGGUAGGCCAGGUGGGCCCGCACUCCCGGGGUCCCACUCCUGGGGUUCCGUUGUUCCUCGAAGGGAGAGUGUGCGGGUGGGCGUGGCCUCCUCAGGGGAGCCCCCUGGGAGUGGAGGGCAUUCCCUGGCCAACAGCCAAUGAGAGAAGCGGGGCCUCAGUCCUCGAGGCACAGGUUGGGUGGGGUUGGGGCAGGAGGCAGCCUUCGCGGUCAGGGCCGGGGGCAGGGGGUCUGGAAGGAAGGGAGAGCCGCUUCCUUCUAGCCAGCUUCUAGCCAGCGAAGGAUCGCAGCCACGGUGGGGCUGGGGCUGACAGAGGGCCCCUUGUCCUCAGUGAGGCUGCUGCCGCCGGGCCUCUGGCCUCACGCUUGGCUGGCCCGGGCCGGAGUUCCUGGGAGGAGGGCGCUGCAGCUCUGGGGGCCCUCUUCUUGGGACCUUGCACCCGUUUGAACGUGCUGCUCACAGAGGAUGGACCGCAGACAAGCUGGGAAGCUGCGGGGAUGGCUGUUGGGCUCUGGAACUACACGAGGCCACCAGGCCCGGUGAGCGGUCACCCAGCCGGCCCGGGGGGGGGGGCAGCGUGGGCCGGGGAGGCCAGGUGCCAAGGAUGCACCCGAGAGACAAGGCCGGCCCUCUCUUGCUCGGCCAGGCCUCCUUGCUGGGGGGCGAGUCCGCACGUGGGCGAUAGAAGCACCAAGCGGCAGCAAGAAGCGCCUGAGAUGGAGAGGCCCUCCUGAGGUCCUGACGCGAGCAGGGGCGAGAAGUCAGCCGUUCCACGACGGAGGACGGGGUGUUCCAGCAGAGCAUGCUGCGGGCAGCUUGCGGGUGAGCAGGGCGGGGCUCGGGGGGCAGGCCAGACAGGUGGAGCCUGGGAUGUGAGCCAGAGGUUGGAUGCCCGCGGUCCUGUCACUCCCCACCAGCGGACAUGCAACCUGAGCCACGUGUUCUCCCAGCAUAGGGUUUGAUUUAAUUUUCAAAGAUUUUUUUAUGAGAGAGAGAGAGAGCACAGGAGUUGUGGAAGGGGUGAGGGAGAUGGAGAACCACCAAGCAGACUCCACGCUGAGUGCAGGGCCCCACUGAGGAUCCUGGGACCCCAAGAUCAUGACCUGAGCCGAAAUCGAAUCAGGUGCUUAACCGACUUAGGACGCCCAGACGCCCCUUAUUUAAUUAGAAGUACUUUUUGGCAACUGAGGAAAAAUUCACAGAACAGAAAACCAGUAACCAUUGAAAAACAUACGUAUCAAAGUGGCAUUUAGUAUGUUCACAGUAUAGUCCGGCUGUCACCUCUGUCUGGUCCCAGAACAUUCCCGUCACCGCAGAGGGAGACCCUGUGCCCAUUCAGCAGCCUCCCCUCAUCCCCUCCCCGAGCUCCUGACAACCACUCAUCUACUUCUGUUUCUGUGCCUUUACCUCUUCUGGAAAUUUCACAGGAAUGGAAUUGUACGAUUACAGUUCUGUUUAGAGGCAAAGACGUUUCAUGCUCCUGGAUUGGGGGACUCGGUAGUCGGGGUGUCUCUUCUAGGUUUCUGCUGCCGUGUAACAGAUCGGUGAGAACUCAGUGGCUUGUGACGACACCGGGCUCUUACCUGACACUUUCUGCAGCUCACGGGUCCCGGCAUGACAUCACUGUGUCCUCUGCUCCGGGUCUCGCGGGGUUGCCAUGGAGGUCGCCAUGGAGGUCGCCUGGGCUGCCUUCUCAUCAGAGACUUGGGGCCUGUCCCCAGCUCACGUCAUUCUUGGUAGAGGAAGGGCCCCUUCGCAGUGCGGGGUUCCCCUGAGGAGGCCACGCCGUCCCGCACACUCUCCCUUUGGAGGAACUCAGCUGUGUGCUCUUUUGUAGAAACUGGCAAGCUCACCGUCAGGGUAUAUAGACACGCGAAGGACCUAGAAAUCCAAAAACCAUUUUGAAAAAGAAGAGCAAAGUUGCAGGGCUCUCAUUACCUGAUUGCAGAGCUUACUAUGAAGCCACGGUGACCGAGGCAAUGUGGUCUAAGCACGAGG